AUGAUUAGAGACCUCGUUUUGUUCUUACAAACCUCGGGCUUGGAUGCGUCAAUUGUUUCUAGUCCAGGUGCUUUUUUGAAACACCAGUGGCAGAGAGCCAUUCCGUUAAUAGCUUUUGAACCGCUGUCUAUUAUGCUCGAUAUCAGUGAUCCGGCUAAACUGGCGUCUAGUGUUGUUGCCAGACCCAUUUAUGAGGGCAUUAUUAAUGAAUUAUUACUAAUUGCAAAGCGCCAAGGUGGUCCUGAAUGCGAAAGUUUGGGUUCGCUCGACGAUUUUGUACACCCUAUGCUUAUUCAGUCUGUAACCCCGAAAAUCCUCACCUCGACAUCUCCUGUUUUCCCUCAUUCUUCGUCUGUUUACAUGUAUUACGAGUACUUUUACCGGUUCAACAUUCCUGUCGACAUUAUUUUGCUUCAUCCCAUUCUCUUGUCUGAUGAGUUAGGACUGUCUGCUUCUACCCCUUAUUUAGAAUGUGUUUUUGCGUUUAUGACCCAGUUAGCCAAGCUCAACGACCAUGAAGAUGCAUCGACUUUGUGGCAUAGAAAGAAUAUCACCGUUUCAGGUGCCGGUUCUUUACUCGCUCCUCCUGCUACUACCUCUACAGCAUCUUCUCCAGCCAGUAGCAACACUGGCAGCAGCAAUAGUCUGCUGUCGACCUCGGUAGUCGAUUCGAAACCUGCGUCGGCUGCAUCUCUUGCUGCUUUAAAAGCUCGUGAAGAUGCUCUGUAUAAACGGGAACAAGCGCUGCUAGCUCGCGAACAGCAUGUUUACAGUCUCGAAACCAAUCAGCACCCUCCUCCAAACCGAAGAGGAUCUUAUCAGCAACAACAACAGCAGCAGCCAUUGCAACAACCACAGUAUCAACAGCAACAUCAACAGCAGCAUCAACAACAACAUCAAAAGCAACCAUCGCAACAAUAUUACUAUCCAUCACAGCAACAACUGCAGCAACAGCAAAGACCACCAGUUCCCCAAGGACAAGCUCCUCAAGGACAGGUUCCUAACAGACCACCAUCACGCCAACAACAACAACACAACCUUGCUGCACCACCACCUCUGUCCAGACCAUCGAUUAGAACAUCACCUAAACGAUACACUGAACCUGUUCUGAACUUCAGUUCGCCACAACCUGUCAAAAACAAAGAAAUCGACAUGAUGAACAUUACUGCUAGACGGUCGAGACGGUCGGUGGGCGGUCCUGGAUCCCACAACUCAGAGCUUCAUUUGAACAGAAUUGGGUCUUCUGCCGGUUACCACCGCAUGUCGUCUCCUACCUUGUCGACAUUAGCAGGAAAUGCCGGAGGACCCCAGCCUUUUUCUCAACAGUUUGACUUGAAUGACAUUGUAUCUGGAACUGACCGAUACAGCAUGGUUGCAAACAAACCAGCUGCCACUGUUAAAAGACUGUCGUCGACGAUAUUCCGCACUGGUGGCGGAGCUUCGCAAUCGAGAUCAAACUCUAUCAGCUCUCAAGCAGCCUCGGCCUAUGCUUUUACCAACCAGAUCCCUUGUUCACAAAUGAACGGAUACUCAUCACAGAACAGCUCCUCGUCAAAUGGAAGUAACUCAUCAAAUACCUAUGUCAACGGAAGCGGAGGAGCAAGCCCCUAUACCAAUGGUGUCGCUAACUCCAACGGCAUGAUAAACGGGACAACAAACGGAACCUUGCACGUACACGGAAAGUAA